UCGCGCGCGUAACCGGCCUACAUAAAUAACAGAAAAAUCAAAUGCGUUUCAUAUUAUUAAAAUAGAGUCAUUAUGAACCACAAAAAGCAAUAAUCCAAUAAUACGAGUGUUUUUAACGGUUUAUAGGACGAACGUUUUGAAUGUUUUUAGAAGUAUAGUGUUUGAAAAGAGAGAUACUAGUGAAAAUAACUAACUACUAACUCUACUGUGUGCCAUUUGCCUAACUUAUCUGCUGAAAAGAUAAAUAUAAAGUAGAUAUACAAGUACAUAUAUGUAUGUACAUAACGGUGUGCAAACAUAUAAUGGCAGUUACAGCAGUGCUGAAAAUCUGAGUCAACAUCAUUGAACUUUAACUGCAGCGUAAGGACCAGGCAAUUAGCUUUAAUUACGACGCGUCUUAUCUGACAAAAAACAACAAAAAAAAAAACAGAAAAAUACAAAAACUGAUAAAAAUCAUAUUAAACUGAUAAAGUGUGUAAAUAUUUGCUGAAUUUGUGCAACUAUUGUGAUAAUAAUAGAGUGUUACCCAGUGCCAUAUGACAAGAGCAGUAGCCAACUACCGUUUAUUAUUAGCAAUUCGCUGAAAACCGCGGCAGUUAAUUUUUGCUGCUCAAACCAAAAGCAACCAACCGAGCGCUAGUCACACACACAUACACACACACACACACACAUAUGCAUGCGCGCUUUGUGCAAAUAGCGGAAAUAACGGCAUAUUUAAUAGCGCGCCACCAGUGCGUAGGUGUAAUAACGGCAUAUAUGCAUUAAGUGUAUUUGAGUGUAUUAGUGUAUGAGUGUGCGCGUGUUCGCGUGUGUAUGUAAAGUGAAGAAAAACCACCACAAACGCCAAUAAAAUUUGCAAACAAACCGCGUAAAUGAUGUUGCACUCCAUGAAAUUGUGCGCCGAUCAGCUCAAUGGCAUAACAGCAACACCUACGGAGGCCACAGCAGCGGCAACAGCAGCAGCAAUGCGCGUUGCUAAUCCGUCGGCAACAUUGCCAACACCUGUUGCCAUUGUAAAUGCAAAUGCCAAUGCUGCCAUUUCGGAUAAUAAUAAUUUAAAUACUAGCAACACGGCCGCCAGCAUCGCCAGCAUCGCCAGCCUAGUCAGCAAUGGUAAUAUUAACAGCGGCAACAACAAUAGCAGCAGCAAUGGUAUCGUGCAUCGGCAACUUCAUCAGUAUCAAGGCAAAUAUUUGGAAGCGCCGACUGCCUCGAAAUUCCAUCCAUAUUUGCGUCCGACGGCAGUGUUGGCCAACGAGAAUUCGUGCAGCUCGCCAACUGUGGCGGGUACAAGUGCAUUUGCGGCAACACUGUUUCCCGCAUUUCAAAGUACGGUAAAUUCCAACGUUGCCGCCAACAAAACAACUGUAACCACAGCGGUUGUUGGCGGCGCUGUUAACGCCACGACAGCACCGAGUGGAUUACUUACUUUGCCAACAACGCCACUGACAGCCGUUUCGAACACCACCACCACCAACAGCAACAACAACAGCGCGUCAGCUACAGCAGCGGCAUUCAUUAAUUCCGAUGCUAGCUUUGGUAAUGGCAACGGCGGCGUUGGCAACAACUACACAACAGCGCGCUUCGCAAGUGAAUUAAUGUCCGAAAAUGAGGACAUUAAUAGCGCUCAACCAAGCAGUAGCGAACCUAAUCGUGCCACUGAAGCUUAUGCCGAGUCGAUGCUGACCGAUGAUUGCUCAAAUUUAAUAGCCCUUUCGAACAAUAAUUGCACAAAUGGCAAUGCAGUGGAUAACACAAAUGGUGAUGCCACCGUAGAAAAUGAAUUCAACAAAGAUCAACCGGAUCCGGAUAAUAUUAAAAUGUUUGUCGGUCAAAUACCCAAGUCCUGGGAUGAGGCGCAAUUACGUAAAAUGUUCGAGCAAUAUGGACGCGUGCAUACUUUGAACGUGCUGCGUGACAAGGUGACGUCGGUGAGCAGAGGGUGCUGUUUUGUUACGUAUUAUACACGCAAGGCUGCUUUGAAGGCACAAGAUGCCUUACAUAACAUAAAAACACUCGAAGGGAUGCAUCAUCCCAUUCAAAUGAAGCCGGCUGAUAGCGAAAAUAGAAAUGAGCGUAAACUUUUCGUUGGCAUGCUGAAUAAAAAGUAUAAUGAGGCCGAUGUGAGGCAGCUGUUCACGGGCCAUGGCACCAUCGAGGAGUGUACGGUGUUGCGCGACCAAAAUGGGCAGAGCAAAGGUUGCGCUUUUGUGACGUUUGCAACGAAGCACAAUGCCAUUGGAGCGAUUAAGGCACUGCAUCAAAGCCGCACCAUGGAGGGUUGUUCGGCGCCGCUCGUUGUCAAAUUCGCCGACACACAGAAGGAGAAGGACCAAAAGAAAAUGCAGCAGCUGCAGGCGAGUCUUGUCGGCAUUACCGCACUGACGACCCCCUCUACCGGCAGCAUUGCCGGUCUGGCUGCGACGCCUACCAACGGCCUCAGUCCGGCUUCGGGCGCCACCCUAGUACCCAGCCCCCUAACGGCGGCCAGCGUGCGCUCAAAUUCCUCAAUGUCGGCAGCAUUGGCAGCAGUGGCCGCUGCACCACAACCCACCGCUGUCGCUAAUCCUGCCUCCGCUUUGGUACCCACUUCGGCAGCGAUCUCAGUGUCGCCAUCACUUUUAACGGCCGCCGGCACAGCAGCGCAGCAAGCAUCGCCAUACCUGACCACCACGGAUGCCAUGAAUGCGUCGGCCGCACAGCUACACCUAUUCCAGCAAUUGCAGGCCUUCGGUCUACAUCCAGCGCAGUAUUUACAAGGGCCCGGUGGAGAAAGCCUUACCUCACCCUAUGCACCGACACUAAGCCCCUUAACUAACGGUGCCGCCUUUGCAACAACUGCUACACCACUAACCACCACAGCACUGCAGGCCGCGGCAGCAGGAGUCGCUGGGAAACAAGUCGAAGGACCGGAUGGCAGUAAUCUUUUCAUUUACCAUCUACCUCAGGAAUUCACCGACACUGAUCUCGCAUCCACAUUUCUACCAUUCGGCAAUGUGCUGUCCGCCAAAGUGUUCAUCGACAAGCAAACUAAUCUGUCCAAAUGUUUCGGUUUUGUAUCCUACGAUAAUCCGCUGUCGGCGGGCGCGGCCAUACAGGCGAUGCAUGGUUUCCAAAUCGGCACCAAACGCUUGAAAGUACAACUAAAGCGCUCCAAGGACGCAGCUAAGCCAUAUUGAAGCAGCUAAAGCAUAGUCGCCUGCAGCUAAUGUGUGACAAUGCGGAUGAUCAAUGAGACGUUGAAGCGGAAGUAGCAGAAGAUAAAGAGUAUAGCCUGCAGCGACAAAUAAACCAAAGGCCCCAAAUUUUCAUAGUGAAAAUAAAAGUUCAAGUCAAAGUGCUUAAAAGCACACAUACAUACAUAUAUACAUCUAAUUGCAUAUAUAUAUAAAUAUAAAGACCAAAGAAAGAGCUUAAACUAAAACAAAGCAAGCAAAAAGUGUUAGGGAAGUAGCUUACCUGAAGCAUGGUUACAUUCAAACAAAUUUGCUGAAUUGUUUAGGGAUAAAUUAAAAAGCAAAAUAAAGGCAAACCAAAAUGUUGAUUUUUGUUUUUGUGUGUAAAAUGUAACUAUACAAAUAUAUUCAGCAUCAAUUGUUAUACCUAGUAUAUAUAGUAAUAUUUACAAAAGUCCAUAUUUACAAAGAAAAAUUUGUUCUUGUAAUUAAAUGUACCAUAAUUACACCUUCAUUGUGUUAGAUUUGUUUUAAAACAUAUUUUUUUUUUUCAAAAGUCUUUUUUUGCAAAUUUAAAUAUAUAUUAUUAACAGUGCUAUCACAUAGACCGAUCCACAAUUUCUCAAUGCCUCGAAGCAAAACAAAAAAAAAAAAAAACAUAUGCUCUGCAGCUAACUAAAGAUCUGGAACAAUUAAAACAAAAGAUUUAGGGAAUGCCAGCGCUUUAGCUAAGAUAUUAUAAGACCAAAGUUGCUAUAAUUUUGA